AUGGCUACUCCAAAAUAUUCACCUCAUCAAAUAGGUGCACUACCAUUCGAGAGUGAUCUCAGAUACACCCAGAACCAAAACCAAUAUCAACAACAACAAACACAAGCAACUUCAACAAGCCAACAACCAUAUCAAUCAAGAUUUCGCUAUCAUGCUCAGCCCCACUCACAAGCCUCUGUCCAACUAUACGAUUCUUAUUUCCCACCUCACAAUCAACAAGGCAAUAUCGAUGAUAUCGUUUAUCGAUAUUCAGCAGAAGUCGAUCGAAUAGCCAUAGCCGCUCCAGGUACACCGACGGUAGGGAUUUACUCUCAAGACGGCCUAUGGGAUGAAGAAGAAGAUCCAUCGUCAUCAGCAAAACAAGCUGGUCCAUCAUCGAAGAAAGGGAUAACUCCAACAGUAACUAAAAGUAGAACUGGAACAGUAUACUCAACAACGGGAAACACCGAAAAUAAGAAUUGGAUUUGGAGAAAACCUAGCAUGCCUCAAAUGAAUAGUCCCACAAUCGCAAUGGAGGAUCAGAUCCCUCUGCCAGUACCUUCAAAAGGACUGGAAAAGAAGAAGAGUAAAGGUUUGCUUAGGGGGAAAGGUAGAAGAGGUGAAUUGAUUGUUGCUGUCUCGAACGAUGCGGAUGAAUCAUUUGAAGCACCACCUCCAUUACCCAUACCGGCUACACCAGCAUCCUUUAUUACUGAAUCUUCACCGGCAUCAUUCAGUUCACCCACAUUCUCCCCGGUGAACUAUCCUUCGCCAAUGUUUCAAACUCCCGCACUGCCAACACCACCCCUCACAGCCACAAGUACGACGACGAACAAGUCAUCCAAAUCCACUUCAUCAUGGAAAAGAGGAAUGCAAAAGAUCUUCAAAUCGAAGUCAUCAGCAGCAUUAAGGGAAGCUGCAACAAAGGAAGCGUCAUUAUCACCACCCCCAAUGCCACAGAUGCCUAAUCUACCAGGACCUUCAAAGCAUUCCUUGGGCAAACCUUUCUCCUCUUCCACACCUCCAUUAGGUGAAUCAAGGAGGAUAUACAAUCCACCCACUCCAGGGUACCUUUCAACACCUCCAUCAGCAGCGAGAGAAUCCUUUGUUCCCCCUUUUAUGGCAAAUCUUCCCAAUGACCCAUUCGCAUCAAGUCUAGAUCUUACAUGUAAUAACCCUGUGUCGUCACCUCUUGCUUCGCCGAAACCUCGUCCCGGUUUACGACAUAAUUCUCCUAGUUUGAAGGACUUGAAGAACCUCUUACCCAGUCAUCACAAACCUGCAAUGAUGAAGGCGAAGAGUUUCGCUACGUUGCAUCAUCGUGAAGGAUCGAAGAGCGUAUCUAAAGAGACAGCUUCUCAAUCGAAGUUGGCCAAACGAAUGAGUUCUCUGGUCGGGCUUAACAUCUACGCUCACGCAGCUCCAGAGAACGCAGAGACCUUUGAACCAUUACAGCGCCCGCCAACUCAAGCUUCCCUGGCACCACCGAUCGAGAGUCCACCACUCUUACCUCCUCAGCCACCCUAUUUCCAAGGCGCAUCGCGAUCUCCGUCAUUACCGUCCAUAACCUCGGAUUCGGACUCAUCACCCGAGGAAAGUCCACGAUUGAGCAUACCUCCAAGUGCUCCACUGCCUCCUAUUCCUCUGUCUAGCUCAAGUUCAAAUCUUGCUGCCCCAAUACAGCGCAGUGGAUCUGGUGCUGUGCUGCUACCGCGGUCAAGGUCCACAAGUAUGAGCUUCAAGUCACCACCUACAAGCUCAUCAUUCUUCGAUUUAUACGAGCAACUUGGCAUUUGGCCUAGUGCGGAGAAGGAGAAGAAAGAGAUUCACGACGAACCCGAGGAGAUGGCUGAGAUCAGAUCUAAAGCGCAAGAUAAAGAGAACAUAUCUCCACCAGAGGAACAGGGGGAAAACUUGGAUCAUGCGGUAGAUGCUACCAAUGAAGUCUCAGGCUCACAUCUGCAGAUUAACAUGCCAAAAUCAGACAGCCUCAGUUCCACUGCAAGCUGGAACGUUGCUUUGGAUUCUUUCCCUCAAGCUCCGGGCGCAGACGUCCUUGAUUUUGGUCUACCAUAUGUUGCCGAUGAGGAAGGUAUGGAUUCUUUAGUCGAAUCAAGUCAACACCAUGGCGAUCGAUCAGAUGUUCUCAGUAUCGUUGCCGUUGCUGCGUCUUCCAGGAACAGCUCUCACCAAACUACAAUAAACAAUUCCAUGUCGACCGAUAGACGGACUUCUGGCUCAACAGUCACUCGCGCCACUUCAGUAGGGCUCGUCAACUCGUCUUUCUCCUCCAAAGGUCGAGGAAGAGCAUCGGGAAGUGGGAACUCGUCAAGGGAGAAUAGCCCAGAGAGAUUAAGGGAUGAUCUUACCGAUCGAGAAGCGAGCGACAACGAUUCAUCUGAAGACGACGAUGUGCCAUUAUCCAGACUUCAUCCGGAAGCAGCUGCUGCUCAGGUGCAACGUCGUGAUACUAGGCGCAAGAUGCGUGAAGCGAGAAAAGCUCACGUAGUUCAGUCGCAAAAGCAGAGCGCAAAAUCACAAGGUAGAAAUCCUGGAGGAGAAUAUGUAUGGGAUGGGGAAGGUGGAAUACCAGCUGAUAUCCUUGUUAAAAAGCUUGAAGCUGUAAUGGUUAAAAGAGCGGAACGGGAAGCUGCGUUUAUUGCUGAGCAACAGGGUGGACCAAGUGUACCUCUAGGGCUCCGAGCUCACAGAUCAAUGCGAGAACAUGUUCCGCCGACACUGGAUCAAAGUAUUCGAAGAGUCCACAGUCAAGGUCACGCAGCUCAUCCAUCUCCCACUGGAUGGCAAGAGGAAGCACCGCCUCUACCUCUCAUUCAAACCGCUAUUCCCCUCAGGCAACCUUCAGGCUACCCGCAUCCCAGCAGUGCCAUCUCACCCACCGAUACGUCAUUUGGUCGAAUCCCAUCAAGAGGUCACGCUUCUAAUGCACAAUCAUCGUACCCGAUGAACGGCGAUAGGUCUCGACAAAAUUCAGUGGCAACUAGCAUAUCAUCUAGACUUCCCGCUGCACCUGCUGGUACUCGAGCUCCUUCCAGACAAGAUGAGAGAUCGGUUCCUACUUCAGCUCAAGUCACGAGAAGCAAUACUGCUGCAACUCAGUAUUCGAUGACCUCGUCUCAAAGAGCAAGGGCUCAAACAAACGGGUCAACAUCACUGCCUCAUAAGGAAUCUGCCUCUCUUCAUUCUAGAUCAACCACGGAACCAUUACCAAAUUCCCAUCGACCUUCAGUGCCCGCUCCUGCUCCAGCACAAAGAGUCCAUGCUAGUGUACCUGCUUUCGUGACUGCGUUGAAUGGCAAGAAGAUCAUACUGGAUCUGACUACUUCUACUACCGCCAGAGAAGUACUGGUGAACACGUAUCAUCAAGGUGAUCUUGUCGAUGCCACCGUUGGGAAAAGCUGGGUUCUAUGCGAGAUGUUUGCUGAGAUGGGAUGCGAGAGACAAGUAAGGGAGUAUGAACAGUUAUUACCCAUCGUAAAAGGAUGGGAUCAAACUGCGAAAUUUAACUGUUUCGUUUUCAAACAGAGUAACAGGGGUAUGCCAACGUGGUCAAGGGGAGUUCCUGCGAAUCCACCGAUGUUAGGCUCAUGGGUACAAUACGAGACGAAAAAGGGUAAAUGGUCAAAAAGGUGGUUAGAGACCAGAGGAGGACAAGUAUUCUUGGCUAAGAACGAGAAAAACAAAGAAGAGAUACACAUCAAUAGUUUAUUCUUUGACAUUUACACAAUCACAAGAGGUUACGACUCGCCCAAACCUUCUACUUUCAUGAUGAAGCGAGUCGAACCAUCUUCGAACUUUGAAGAUCAGUCGGAUUACGCACAUGUCUUCUCUUGUGAAGAGGGACUUGCGUUCAAGCUUAUGGCUGCGAUCUACGAUGCAAAGAGUUACACGUUAUCUCAAUCAUUCCCUCAGAUGACAAGUAAUCAACUCACGACCCCAAAUACAUCGUCUGGUACUUCAUCGAUCAUCACUCCAGCAACUUCGAGAAGACCAAAUUUCGCUCACACCAAUAGUCAUGAUGGACCGACGUCGAAUCAACAACCUUUGGUCAGCUUGAACAAUGAGGAACAGAAGAGAUCUGGAUUUACAGGGAGAGGUCUUUUGAAAAUUUAA